GGGACACUCAGCAUGGGCACUCAGAAUUACCUCUGGCAUUUCGUCCUCUCCGUUCUCCUCUCAGGUACCCUAAUGGCAUUAGAGGGAAGAGACACGACGACUGCCACCACUGCGAGCCACCUGAACAUCUCGAGGAGCACGAGCAACAGCAGCAGAAGUGGCCCAGCUGCAGACAGCUCAAAUGGCUUCGUGGCAGAGCCCCACACCCCAGCCCAUUCCCUGCUGGGCACAACCUCGCUGUCCCCCUCCACCAUGAGUUUAAUGGGAGCAGAAGGGAAGAUGAACACCGCACCCACAGCGAUAACGCAGGAAGGGGGCUCGUUGGGGAUGUCUGCCCAGAGCAGCGCGGCGAGCUCAGCAUUCCCAACAGCAGGAACCAUCACCGCCACUGCCCCCAGCAUGGGCACAGAGACCGGCGCUGCUGCCUCCCCACCUCUCAGCUCAGCCACAAGGAGCCACUCCUCCUCUUCCUCCUCCUCCUCCUCUCCUGGGGGCUCCCCAGCUGUGCCUCCCAGCCCACAGCGGAGCAGCACCACCCAGAUGCUCUCGGCCACCACAUCCCAGCCACCCACAGCCCCGGUGUCCUCCUCAUCCUCCGCUGCUGGCACGGCUCAGCUCCCGUCUGGCUCAGAGACACAGGGCCCGGUGUCCUCCUCAUCCUCCGCUGCUGGCACUGCUCAGCUCCCGGCUGGCUCAGAGACACAGGGCCCGGCUUCCCCCAGGCCUGUGCCUUCCACCUCUCCUGCCUCAGCCACCAUGGAGGCCCGGCCUUCACCCACAGAGACACGGACACCUCAGCUCGGCCCCACAGCCCUCCCUCAGGGACAGACCCCGACGGCCACUUCACCUCCCACAGGGAGCCCGUCGCCCUCCACAGCCACUGCAGGCAGCAGUGCCACGACUUCUCCUGGAGAAGAGGGUUCCACCAUGUUCCAGGGGGACACAACAACAACUGAGACCUCCCGUUCCUUCCCAGCCACGUCCCUGGUGUCCAUGAUGACGACGACGUGGGGUCAGACACUGCGACAGCAGAGCAGGUGA